CUCCUCUCCGGCUCUGGCCCCGCCCCCUCCAGUACCUCGGCUCCCCGGCUACCCAGGAAGGCCGUGCGGGUGGCAAGCGCUGCUUUCGCUUUCUCUUCCCGGUACACCGCUUCUCGUGCGGCGCUAGGCCCCCCGCCCCGGCCAUGGCCACACUUAGGGUCCAGCCUGAAGCCCAAGCCAAGGUGGACGUGUUCCGUGAAGACCUGUGUACCAAGACAGAGAACCUGCUGGGGAGCUACUUCCCCAAGAAGAUUUCUGAGUUGGAUGCAUUUUUAAAGGAGCCGGCUCUCAACGAAGCCGACCUGAGCAAUCUGAAGGCCCCGUUGGACAUCCCAGUGCCUGAUCCAGUCAAGGAGAAAGAGAAAGAGGAACGGAAGAAACAGCAGGAGAAGGAAGACAAAGAUGAAAAGAAGAAAGGGGAAGACGAAGACAAAGGUCCUCCCUGUGGCCCAGUGAACUGCAAUGAGAAGAUCGUGGUCCUCCUUCAGCGUCUAAAGCCUGAGAUCAAGGAUGUCAUUGAGCAGCUCAACCUGGUCACCACCUGGUUGCAGCUGCAGAUACCUCGGAUUGAGGAUGGGAACAAUUUCGGAGUGGCUGUCCAGGAGAAGGUGUUUGAGCUGAUGACCACCCUUCACACCAAGCUGGAAGGCUUCCACACUCAAAUCUCCAAGUAUUUCUCUGAACGGGGCGAUGCUGUGACCAAAGCAGCCAAGCAGCCCCACGUGGGUGAUUAUCGGCAGCUGGUGCACGAGCUGGAUGAGGCAGAGUACCGAGACAUCCGGUUGAUGGUCAUGGAGAUCCGCAACGCUUAUGCUGUGUUAUAUGACAUCAUCUUGAAGAACUUCGAGAAGCUUAAGAAGCCCAGGGGAGAAACAAAAGGAAUGAUCUAUUGAGAACCUUCUCUCAUUCCGUAAUGGGUCCAGCAGAGACCUUCCUAUCUUUUACAGAGGACUCCAGACUUUCCCCAACUUCAGCCUUUUGAGGUUUCUCCCUCCCCUUGCCUCCCAGGCACAAUAAAUAGUCAUACUAUUGUCCUUCAA